CAUCAGCUGACAUUCUGGGCAUUUUUUUAGCCUCAAGACAAUGGCCACGACCAAAACCGCUAAGGGCAAGGCUGCAGCCACCAAGGCCUCCAAGUCGACGGCCAACUCGAAGGACUCGAAAGCUAAAGCAGCCAAAAAGGCUGCUCUUCAGGGUGUUCAUUCUCACUCUUCACGCAAGACACGAUUCUCAGUUUCCUUCCACCGACCAAAGACCCUCCGUCUCCCAAGAGAUCCGAAAUACCCCAGAAAAAGUGUCCCUCAUGUACCUAGAAUGGAUCAGUUUAGGACGAUUGUUUCGCCUUUGAACACUGAAUCAGCGAUGAAAAAGAUUGAAGAGCACAAUACCCUCGUUUUCAUUGUCGAUAUCAAGUCGAACAAACGUCAGAUCAAGGAUGCUGUGAAAAAGUUGUAUGAUGUUCAAGCAGCUAAAGUGAACACACUCAUUCGUCCGGACGGUAAGAAAAAGGCAUAUGUCCGCUUAACAGCAGACCACGACGCUCUGGAUGUUGCCAACAAGAUUGGUUUCAUCUAAGGGAGGCAUAGAGUAUGUACGGAGGUUGUAAUAGCGCUUCCUUUUUUCUAUAUAAUGCUCAUGUCUGUAUGCGACUCUUCUCUACGUACACAAAUCACCAUGCAAAAAAGAUUGAAUGUGUGCUUGUUCGCAUUGGAAACUGGAAAGGAUAAGAAAAGUCUGGAACAUAUCGUUACCAGACCGUUACUGUUCUAUCUAAAUAUGAUUAUUUAUGUACACAUGCGCAGUCAUUCGGCAGGAGUCGGCCAGUCUGGGUUUUUUUUUGUAGGGGCUUUCCAAGAAUUAGAAUUUUGGGUAGCAGUGGAAAGAUGUAUAGACAGAUAUGUGCAUAGCUCCGUCCUGAGUUAGUCGUGGACUGUUUGAACCGUUUAAAACAAGUCACAGUGUGCGGCAAUACAGCGCCCUGAUAAUAGAUCUGUGUGAAAUGA